CCGCGAACGAAGCAUAUCAUUUUGUUUUUCUGAAUGAAAAAUUCAAACAUCGAAAGAUAAAAGGAAGAAAAAGUAUAUCAUAUAAAACAUGUAUAACUCCUUUCUAAUAUCUAAUCUUUGUUUUUAUUGAUUUUUAUUUCCCCCGAAGUGAUUUAUUACAUUUUUUUUGAUUUUAUUCAAUUCAAUUUUUUCAAGUGCAAAAACUCAGCAGGUUAAGUGACGAGAUCUGAUCAGGCUUGAUUUGGUCAAGUAUCCAUCAGACCAUUUCAGAAUAAUUUGUUCGUAAUCUACGAUCAAGAUUGGCAUUUUCUCGACUAAGAAAUAGUUAAGAAAUAAUCUAGAAAAAUUAGUAUGAAAAUAGAUAAAUUUCGUAUGUUUUGCCAAGUUGUUGAUAUGGAUCUAUGUGUGAAAAACAAAAUGGUGAAUAAACAGUCACUACAUAUAAUGUAAUAAAUGUAUCGUAUCCUAUAGAGUUUUCCUCAGUAAAAUUACUGAUUCGAGUAUCCAUAUAAGUAGUUGUUCAGUGAGCGUACUUUUAUGGGUACUCCAUGUAGUAUAUAUAUCAAUGUAAUUACUAAAAAUUUUCGAAGUACGCAAAUUGGGUACUCUAGUAAGGCGUUCUCAGUACAUGGGUACUCGGAACUCAGCACUUUCUCUCGAGAUAACGGGUGUAGGUGUGGGUGUGGAGAGCAUGUAAAGGAGAGGAAAGUUCGCAAGUACUCAGAGUCACCCACACUCGCUAAAAUAUUUUUGCUAUUAAUAUUUUUAAACAGUUAUCUGAUUAGAUCCAAGAGAAUUCAAUGCAACAUAAAUAAGAAAGUCAGCGAAAAUUUCGAUGGAAGUGGUAGAUUUAGUUGUAGGUAUUCUAGAUAGUAGUGGGCACAUCCACACUUAUUGCCGACCUCUUACAUAUCCAUAGCGAUUCUUCAAACAAAUUGCUCAAUGAUAGAGAAACUUAAUUCGUCAUAUUCAAGUAUUGAAAAAAGUGCUGUGAACCUUGCUAUUUGCUUAAAUCACACAUGAUUCUCUUUGUGCUAUUUCUGCUGUAUGUUCCCGAGAAUUAGAAGAAGAUAAAGCGCUUGAUUUCAAACUGAAACGAACACCUAAUGACUCUUUAGAAUAGUUAACAACCAUCCGUACCAUAUAGACUUUUUUUGCUGAAAUGAGUAUAGGCCCUUAGAUCCAAAACUCACAAUACAUCAUUGUAUAUGGCUGAAUUAUUCUAAGAACUUCUUAGCUUUAUCUUAGAUAAAAAAACACGGCUAUAGAAUAAAUGUUGAUAGUGAAUUAGUUCGUCUUUUCAUAAUUUUGCAAUAUUUAUUAUUUAACUUUCUUAUUAUUAUCAGCUUCUAUCUUUUAUCUUUCGUGUAUUUACCAUUUAUUUCUACUUUUUUUUUAUCUUCAUACUACAAAUUUUCAUAGACGUGAUAAACAAGAGCAUAUUUAAGAAAAAAAACCAUUCAAAUACGAUUAUCUAUAUAUUUGAUAAUAAUGUUGUUUUUCCUAUUGAUUUUUCCAUCAAUUUUUAUUCCUAUACAAACAAUAUCUAUUGAAGAAUCUAAUUCGACAACAACUUUUAGUACUGAUAAGUAAAGUAUCUCAAUUUUGAAAUGAAUAUUUAAAUAUAAUCGAUUAAAAUCUAGAUUACCAAGGAUUGGUCCUUUACUUGAUUUUCGACUUUUACCCUAUAUUGGUAAUGGUCACAUAGCUACUGUUGUAUACAGUGAUUUUAUUUAUAUGAAUGGCCUUUAUAAUGGUGAAAAUGGUACGAGCCAUCGGGCACGUAUUCCAAGUACAGUAAAUUGGGAAUUUAUAAUAAUAUCAAAAUCAUCAUUAUAUACUUUAAAUGUUUCAUCAGGUAUAUUCAUUGAAACCCAUGAAAAUCAUGAAGUUCGAAUUGAACGACGUAUCUUUGCUUCACAAGAAUAUACUGAAUUAUUAGUUACUCAUGUAGUACUAAUUCGAAAAACACCUAAAGGACGGAAAAUUGUUGUACCUGUUAAAGUACAUGAACAAACAACCAGUAUUGAUAUUAAUUUUACUGUCGCAGCUCGUAAUCCUCAAUACGUCCUUUUAAUUGGUAAAACACGUGAAAUUGAAAAUAAUCAAUUUCAACCAGAAGCAUUACCUGUAUUUGUUUAUUAUACACCAUUGCCUCAUAAAGGAUUAGAACUUGAUCACGACGAAACAAAUCGAACCUAUCUUUUUGUUACUUCAAUUGAUAGUAAUCAAUCCAUAGCUAAACAAAGUUUUGAUUAUGCAACAAUUGAACAACAACCAGAUAUUAUAUUAUCAUCACAUAUAUCUCGAUGGAAUAAUGUAUGGUCAAAUGGAUAUAUUGAGAUACAAGGAGAUGAUGAAUUACAAAGACAAAUCAAUUCUGCUUUCUAUUAUAUUUUAAGUUCUCUACCACCUUUAUCAACGAAAAGUAAAGCAAAACAAUUUUAUGGUUUAAGUCCUGGUACUCUUUCAUGGGGUGGUCAUGAGGGUGAAGAUUAUGAAGGUCAUUCAUUUUGGGAUACAGAAACAUGGAUGUUUCCGUCAGUUCUUCUUUUCUAUCCAACAUUGGCUAAAGAAAUUUUAUCGUAUCGAAUUGCUUUACGUGAUUCUGCAGCCUACAAUGCUCGUCUAUUUGGUUAUGAAGGAUGGAGAUUUCCUUGGGAAAGUGCUCGAACCGGUGUUGAUGUAACACCAGAUUGUUGUCCUACUGGUCGUCUUUAUGAAAUUCAUAUUACGGGUGAUAUUUCAUUUGCUGCUAGACAAUAUAUUUCAGCUACAUACAAUCAAGAUUGGUUAUUGAAUGAAUUUGGUGGAGAAUUAGUUUAUGAAACAGCUCGAUUUUGGAGUUCACGCGUCAUAUAUAAUAAUCAGACAAAACAAUAUGAAAUAUUGACCGUUUUACCACCCGAUGAAGAUGCUCAACCAUUCAAAAAUAAUUCUGUUUAUACAAAUGUAAUUGCUUCACUUUCUAUUGAAUUGGCUCAUAAUAUUAGUUGUAUUACUAAUAAAACAAUACCUCCACAAUGGCUGGAUAUUGCAUCUAAUCUAUAUUUUCCUUUCGAUAAUUCAACUAAAACUUAUCUUGAAUAUGAAGGUUUUGAUUUAAAACAUACUAUUAUAAAACAAGCCGAUGUUGUUCUCCUCGGAUUUCCAUUGAUAUGGUCAAUGAAUGAUGAAGUGAGACAAAAUGAUUUAUUAGCUUAUGAACCUUUAACACGUACUGAUGGACCAGCUAUGACUUGGUCAAUGUAUUCAAUUGGUUUUACUGAACUAGGUGAUUUUGAUAAAGCUGGUCAAUUUUUUCGACGUUCAUACGAAAGUUAUGUACGACCUCCAUUUAAUGUAUGGACUGAAACUCAAUCAGGUGUUGGUGCAGUUAAUUUUAUAACUGGUAUUGGAGGUUUUUUACAAGCUGUUCUUUUUGGUUAUGGUGGUAUUCGUCUAAAAUUAAAUGAACUUGAAUUUCAGCCUCGUGGUCAUCUACCAGAUCAAGCGACUAAAUUCAUCUUUCAUGGCAUUAAAUAUCAAGGAUUUGUUCUUGAUUUGACUAUUGAUAAUAAUAUCUAUGAAAUUUUUGUCAGCUCUCAGAACAAUAAUGAUUCUAUUCCUCUUGUAUAUGAAUAUGGAGAUCAUCGAGGUUCGCUAAAAGUAAAUGACAGUCUGUCACUUCCUAUAGAUACACGUCUUAUCAUUCGUCGAUCAGUCGCUCUUUGUCCUUGA